AUGUCAGGUUUCUUCGCCGAGCUCGGUCUUAGUGUAGCUUUCACCAUGAUCAGUCUUGCUCCCAUGGUCCCCGAAUGGCUCAACGGCAACCCCAAGCCACAAACGAAGGUCAACGUACUGGUCGGUCUGCCACCGUUGGAUGCCGAUGAGCAGAACAAGAAGGACGAGAUCUACGAGAAGUUGAGUUACGGCGGAUGCGCUCCGGAAGUGUCACUCUUCAACGCGAAUGGAGACCGGGUUGGCUACAGCAAGAACAAGAAAUGCAAGCAGGUCAUUAGCCAGAACAGUCCAACCGACAUCUGGGCCGACUACAUCAAGCCAGGCGAAACAGAGAAAGCCGAGUACAUCACCGUGUCCGCAUCUGGAACCGAUGCUAUCUGCAUUUCAGCUAUAGCAGUCACAUACCCCACGAGCAGCGACACGUACGCAUUCCUUCCCGGCGAGGUAGCUGCCAUAUGCAACACGCACAACCCAGAUUACAAGUACUCCUGGUCCCCAUCCGCGACACAGAUCCAGUUCAAGUCCGAAUCCGGACAGACGCAAGACGGGCGACCGAAAUGCCUGUGGAUCGAUAAGCCCGACGACGACGGAGACGCGGCGACCCACUACGAAGGAUUCCAAGUUCAUCUUCCAGACUUCAAGCUCGACAACACUACCUUCCAUGGAUGGCAAGAAGACCCCUCACAAAUGUGCGACUCGCUGGCUCGUUUCGGCUCAUACGACAGGCUCGACCCAAUGCUCUGCCCAGAGAUCUUCAGUCCAGCGCCACUUAAAGGUGCAAGUCUCCCUUUGGAUACCGUCUCCGCAUGUAUACCGGCUGCAAAAGACAGCACGACAGACCCUCACAUCUGCGAGGACGACAAUUUCACGUACCAGCAACGAUACGAUCUCAUUGUUAUAAAGGCCUUCAUGUCCGCCCGGGCCGGAAAAGCGUCGGUCGCUUCUGAGAUCGCGAUCUUCUUCAUCCUACUGGCCAUUCCACCAUACUCCCAAAUCGAAGUAUCGGCGCACUUCACCCGACCAUCCGCUUCAGAGGCAGUUUGA